AUGGCGUAUAUAUACUCCAACCUCUCGGACUUCUGGACCAGCGAUGAUGAAGAUGACGAGGAGGUAGAUGGGACGGAGGAGGAUGCGCCCAGUACGGCCAAUGCGAUGAACGUAGCAAACGCUGCAGGAGGGGUACAGAACUACGCCGAAAUGGCGGAGGAAGCGAUGAAGAAAUCGAGUGACCCUUCAUUCGACCCAAACCACCAACUGUGCAGUUAUGCCCUUGAAAACUACGAUGAAACCCCCUUCGAAAAGCGAGAAAAUGGGGGACCCAACGAUACAUAUUACACAGGAAGCAGCCCCUUCACAAAUGUCAUGGACAGUGGACUCAACCUCAACAUAAACGAAGUGAUGAACGGACUCACCAACCACGUAGUAGAUAAUUUUUCUAUCAAAAGCAUGAUAGAGAAAUACGACAUUAGUAAUUUUAUGUACAACGAUACUUUGUUAAAGUAUUGUGAGACGGGAGUAGCCAUAAAUGACGAUUCGGCAUGCGGGGAGAAGCUUUCCUUGAAUGAGAACUUCCACUUCAGUUGCUUUGGCCCCGUGGAAUAUGUCAGUCCGCCCAAGUGUAACAGCGCAGUGGAGAACAUAAUUGACGCGCGCGUUGAGCCCGACUUGGCGGGAGACAUAACAGGAGAGGCGAAGUUACUCGAGAGUGAGGACGCCACGAUGGAAGGCACUCCCCCAGGCGCCGCGCCAACCCAGCCGGAGGAACCUCGCUCGGGGGAACCUCGCUCUGGGGAACCUCGCUCUGAGGAAGCGCUCACGAAGGAAACUCCCUCGGAGGAGCCCCCGGCGGAGGGAACCCCCCCCGGAGACGACAAAGCCAACGUGAAGUACAUAAGGAAGAAGUGGGUGAUAGAGGACAACCACUCGGAUGUUACGAACUUCAGCCAAAACGAUCUGCUGCUAAGCUACGACUUCGAACUAGACGAUUUUCAAAAAAGGUCCAUAAAACACCUGAACAAUUUCAAACACGUUUUUGUAGCAGCGCACACAUCAGCAGGAAAAACGUUAAUAGCAGAACAUGCCAUCGCUAUGUCUAUCAAAUUAAACAAAAAGGCAAUAUACACCAGUCCCAUAAAAGCAUUAAGUAACCAAAAAUAUCAUGAAUUUAAAAAUAUUUUCAAAAGUGUAGGAAUAAUAACAGGAGAUAUUAAAAUGAAUGUCCAUGCUAACUGCAUUAUCAUGACAACAGAAAUAUUGAGAAACUUACUCUAUAUAAAUGACAACAUAAUCAAUAAUAUACACUGCGUGAUUUUUGAUGAGGUGCAUUACGUGAAUGAUAAUGACAGGGGAUUUAUAUGGGAGGAGUCCAUCAUUAUGUUACCUCCUCAUGUUCAGAUUUUACUACUGAGUGCUACGGUGCCCAACUAUCUGGAGUUCGCUGAUUGGGUAGGGUUCACAAAGAAGAAGGAAAUUAUUUCCAUUUCGACGAAGAAGAGACCCGUACCGCUGCUGCAUUAUAUUUAUGCCUACGACUCGAUCUUUCAAAUCAUGGACGAGAAGAACAAGAUUUACUCCUCCGCUUUUAAGGAGAUAUACAUCAAAGUUAGGGAGAAGGAGCAGGCGAGCGCCGCAACCCACGGUGGGCAUGGAAGUGGCAGUCAUGGCGGGCAUGGUGGGGGGCAGGCCAAACAGGCGCCAGGCGCGAAGAGGAACUCCCACGACGGGAAGAAUAAGCAGCAAGGAGGAGGGGGCCCAGGUACUACUCCAAAUAAUAACCAACCAAUGGCAUACAACGAGUACUGUAAGCAGAAAAGGAGACAAAAACUCUUCGCAAACGAAGCGAAUAUGAAAACGGAAAUACAAAAACUUCAGGCACUUAUAAAAAAAUUAGAACAAGACAACAAACUACCAGUGGUCCUUUUCUGCUUCUCAAGAAUAAAAUGUGAAACGUAUGCCAAAAGUAUGCCACAUUUAAAUUUCCUGGAUAAUAAGCAUAAAUCUAAGGUACAUUUAUUCAUUAAAGAAUCGAUAGCAAAGUUAUGCACACAAGAUAGAGAACUGAAUCAAAUCAAAAUUUUAACAAAGUUGUUGGAGAAGGGGAUUGGAAUACAUCACAGUGGGUUACUUCCUAUAUUGAAAGAAAUUGUAGAGAUUCUUUUUUCCAAAGGAUUAAUUAAAAUUUUGUUUGCAACUGAAACUUUUGCCAUGGGAAUUAACAUGCCUGCCAAAUCUGUUGUUUUUACUUCUAUAUAUAAACAUGACCAAUUGAAGAAACGAAUUCUCACCUCCUCAGAGUACACACAAAUGUCUGGUAGAGCAGGCAGGAGAUCCUCCGAUAAAUAUGGCUAUGUCUACAUCUACUGUCCUGAUAAAAUUCCAGACCAGGUUCAGCUAACCGAAAUGCUCAUGCAAAAAGCAGUCAGCUUGAAGAGCAAAUUUAAGGUCACCUAUAAUAUGAUCCUAAAAUUACUCAUCAAUAAACAAAUAAAUAUUGAGAAAAUGUUGUUCAGCUCCUUUUUGGAAAGUUGCAGAGCUGUUCAAAUUCCUCUCUUUAAGAAAGACUUGAAGAGAAAAAAAAAGCUGUUGCAAAAUAUAAAACAAGUGCAGUGCAUCUAUGAGAAUGAUGUCAAAUAUGUGUCUCCAAUUGAGAACUACGUACAGAUUGACUGCAAGCUGAAACAUAUAGGAUUGAGUUUACACAGAAAACUUUUCACCAUGAAGAGUAGCAACUCCUUCGUUAUUGGGAGAGUCAUGCUGCUCAAUAACAUCGGUAUUCUGCACAGUUCCAUAUACGGCGUUUACCUCGGGUGUGACAAAAGUAGCAGCAAAAAAAACGAAAAGGUGGACUUUGCUCAGAAUAGUAUUUUUUUUCAGAACCACUCCGGAGCAGGGGAAGAAUCCAAUGAGAGGUUUUUUUUCAUGUUCAUUUUGCCUGACUUCAUGACCUACGAGGAGUUCCUGCAGAAAAUGGGGGGAGAAGCUCUCGGGAGGGACACCCCCAAUGGAGUGAAGCCAACCACACAGAUGAACCGCACUUCAGUGAUGCAACCCAACAGAUUGACCCACGAAAACGUGAACACAUUCGAAAAUUACAGAAACCUCUUUUCCAAGCAGAGCACCCCCACCGGGAUUCAAAUCAUGCACCACAACUCAUUCGACACAGAUAUGCAGAAGAAGCACUUCGUAGUCUGCUCCAACGUACCCAUAGAACAUAUUUCUAUCAUAACCAACACAGUUAUCGUGUUACCAAAUGUAAAAACGACAGCCAUUUUGAAUAACCCCAAGAAUAUGUUGCUGUAUAGUCUGGAACUGGAUAGGCUAAUAGAAAAGGGAAAUUUCGAGCCGUUCGUUUUGACCAAAAUGCUCAAGUCGCUGAAGUGUGAGUUCUACUCAGUACUGAUAAACCAAGCAGAUUAUUUGGAGGCCUUAAAAAAAUCCAAAUGCUACUCAUGUAAUAUGAGAGAAAAGCACUACGAACUGGUGUGCAAAAGAAAUAACUGCAUUAACGACAUUGAAAAUAUUGAACGGAAUAUUAAUGCCAAGUCUCUCAAUUUAUAUGAAGAUUUGGAAGGAAGAUUGGACGUGCUCAGGCAUUUCUCCUUCAUUGACGAUGAACACAAUUUAACUGUUAAGGGGAAAAUAGCUAGCUAUAUUACCCUGACCGAUGAAAUUACCCUCACGCAGGUUAUCUUUGAAAACGUUUUGAAUAAUUUGAACCCACCUGAAAUAGCAGCUGUGCUAUCUUGCUUUGUUGCACCAGAAAAAAAAAUAGAAGAAUCACCAGACCUUACUGCUAAUCUGCAGGAUGUUAAAAUGGCUUUGACAAAUAUUCAUAGCCAAUUUGAAGAAUUUUACAAAAUUAUUCGCUUGAAAAUUAGCUCGGAAGAGCAUUGGAAAUUGUGCAGCUUUAAGAUUAUGUUCAUUGCGUACAAGUGGGCUCUCGGUGUCUCUUUUGCUGAAUUGCUGGAGCAGUCCGAGCUGGAGGAAGGACUCAUAGUGAGGUCCAUUUUGCGAUUGGACGACCUUUGUAGGAAGGUCAAAAUCGCCUUUCUCUACCUCGGGAACGUCGACUUGGCGGAGCGCCUCGAGACCACAUGCACCCUCCUCCGCCGGGACAUCAUUUUCAUGACUUCGCUUUAUUUGCAAUGA